GAGUGAAUUGUCUGGCUGGUGGAGCAGAGGCAUCGCAUCGCGGCCUGAGUGGGGAGCUCUUAUCAGAGGCGGGCAGGCCUGGGGAAGCGGGCGGGGCAGCAGCUGUCACGUCGGUCAAUGCGGAGAGCUCGCGACUCACCCUUCCCCAGCGCCACUCGAGCCACGGGAGCCGUCCUAGCGCCUGCGACACCUGUCUCACUCUCGCAAUGCAGACAUGCACGCGACUGCCAUCCGCUCGCCAUGAUACCAGUUGCACGCACCCUCCGCGCCGCCGUCUCCCCGCAGGCCAGGGCCUCCUACCUCGCCCUCUACAGCAUCGGACGCGGUGCUCGCGCCCUCUCCACCCGCAGCGCCCUCCGCUCCUCGUACAACCGCUCAGACUUCAGCGGUCAGGGCUUCACGUCCCUGUAUGAGACUGAUCAGCCGACACGGGGCCCGCUCGGCGGCACGUCCAGCGUGGGGGCGAGUCUCAUCACACCCAAAGGGCUGAAGCAGCACCUGGACCAGUUCGUCGUCGACCAGGAGCGCGCAAAGAUCGUGCUGAGUGUGGCGAUCCAUGAGCACCAUCUGCGCGUGCAGGAGCUGCGGCGGCAGAAGGAGGAUCAGGCCAGGCUGGAGGCGCAGGCCCAGAGGAGGGCGUCCGUGUAUAGGCAUCCCGUAGAAGAUGAGUUCCCAGGCCAGCAGGCGACUGUAGAAAUGUACAACCACCACGAGCCCUCUCCGUACCACGAGUCUCACUCUCAUGCACACACGCCCUACAACCAUCGAGUAGAACCUGAGCCUUUGUUGGAUACAGUCGCCACGCCAAUCCGAUUAGACAAGGCCAAUGUGCUUAUACUGGGGCCUACAGGUGUGGGUAAGACGUUGAUGUGCAAGACACUGGCAAGGUCUUUGGGCAUCCCCAUAUCCAUGUCCGACUGCACGACCUUCACGUCAGCUGGGUACAUUGGCGAUGACGUAGAGCAGUGCGUACACCGCCUCUUCACAGCUGCGAACCACGAUAUUGAGGCUACAGAGCAGGGCGUCAUCGUGCUGGACGAGAUAGACAAGAUUGCCAACGCAAAGGUGUCGCACGGCAAGGACGUCGGAGGGGAAGGCGUCCAGCAAGCCCUGCUCAAGAUCAUCGAAGGCACCACCGUACAAUGUCGAGCGAAGCCAGAGAAGAACGCAGGACGAAGUCCUGGUGGCCUGUCGGGUAGCAGCGGUGGUUUAUCAGGAGGCCCAGGUGGCAAGGAAGAGAUAUUCAACGUGAGAACCGACAACAUCCUGUUCAUCUGCACCGGCGCAUUUGCCAAUUUACACAAAAUUGUACUCGACCGGAAAUCCAUGGGCGGCAUGGGUUUCGGCGCGUCGAUCCGCUCAUCCAACACGCACGCAGCUGCCGACGGAGUGAUGCUGAAAGGCGCCGAUGCCCUCAUAUUCAAGAAAGACUCACCCUUCUUCGUCCCACCCGAGGCAGAAGACCAAAAUCCCGUCAUUGCAACCAAGCGAGAAGACAAAGUCAACGUCCUCGACCACGUGCAACCCUCCGACCUGCAAAAGUACGGCAUGAUACCCGAACUAAUCGGUCGAAUACCCACAAUGUGCGCCGUAUCGGCUCUGGACGAGGAAGCGCUGGUCCGCGUUCUCACAGAGCCAAAGGACAGCCUCCUCCGACAAGAAGAGCACAAGUUCUUCCUUCGGAACAUCGAGCUGCGCUUCACCAGUGGCGCACUGCGGGAAAUCGCUCGGAAGGCGAGUAAGAUGGGCACGGGUGCUCGUGGUUUGCGGCACGUUGUCGACCAGUUGCUUCUGCAGGCCAAGUAUGAGACGCCUGGUUCGACCGUCAAGCACAUCCUCGUGACACAACAUGUGGCUCUUCUGAAGUGUGCACCUGUGUACUUCUACAGAGGGCAAUCCAUUGCGUUCCAAGACAUGGUCGCGCAGGAGGAAGAGCGGUGGGAUGAAGAGGUACGCAGUAAAGAGGAUGCGUCGAUUAACCACGUCACCACGCUCGAAGAAUACAGGAAAGCUGGGGCGGCGGGUAGUUAGAGCAGUCGUUUUGUCUUGUAAAUAUUCGCCCCUUCUCUAUCGUGAAAUCUGAUCACCGUAGCGGAUUCUGCACGUGUACGCCUCUAUGUGAAUUGUCUAUAUUGGGAUAUUCAUUAACUUGCGUGAGAACUUAAUGUCCCG